ACAGUGAAAUCAUUCCUCCCGACUGCCUGCGGCCCCGCUCCUUCACUGCCAUCCGCCGGCCCUCGCUGCGGCGGGAGACAGAGGACACACGCCUCUCGGUUAGCCUGUGCGACCUCAACCUGCAGGAGGAGACCUUCCAUGUGACAGCCACCACGUGUCCCAUCCCGCAGAACUCCCUCAACUCCCAGCACUCCCACCUCCUACCCUCUCAGCUGGAGAGCGACCUCCGCUUCCACCACCUCCGGGGACCCCACAUCAAAAUCCUCGAUGACCAAACCGUGGCCCGUCUGGAGCACGCCCGGGAGGAGAGGACUUUGGUUUUCACCAGCAGACCCCUUCGUAUCAACGAAACAAUUUUUGUCAAAAUCAACAAGUCCAAUGCCGUGCGCACAGGGACCCUGUCCUACGGGGUGACGUCCUGCGACCCUAGCACCUUGCGCCCCAGCGACCUCCCCUAUAAUCCUGAGUCUUUGGUCGACCGAAAGGAGUUCUGGGCCAUCUGCCGAGUCGUGGUGCCCCUCCAGAGCGGAGACAUCCUGGGAUUUAUGGUGAAUUCAGAUGGUGAGCUGCACUUGAGUCACAACGGUGCCGGCACUGGCAUGCAGGUCUGCGUGGACUGUUCCCAGCCCCUCUGGAUGUUCUUCGUUUUACAUGGCGCAGUCACGCAAAUUCGAUUGUUGGGUUCCACCAUAUUAGCUGAGCGGCUGGGGCUGUCCACACCAAGCUCGCCCACAUCAACACCCAAUUCCCCCACUGUCCUCUGCAGCGGCGUCUCUGACCCCAUAUUGUCUACAUGUGGCUCUGGCCCCCUCUGCAGCUCUAUCAGUG